GGGAUAAGUUCCAAGCACUGGGUAAGGAGGUAGUCUGGGGUACCCAGAUAACGCUCUUUCAGGGGUUGCCCAGACCUCCUGUACCGCGUCAGGUAUCUGACGCCCUUAUGACAAGAGGAAAGUUGUCGAAAGUGGAAAGAUGCACAAUCUUCCUUUGUAAAUUACCCAGAGGGAAACAAAAGGCGGUGCUGAGGGAGACGCCUCAUGAUAAGUUAGAAUUCACUGCAUUGCUUAAGCUGGCAAUGAAGGCAAAAGCCAAUGACUACAAGGAUUUACUCUGGAGAGGCAUGCAGCGAGAGGAUUAUUCUCUCUACAAAGAGUAUGGGACUGAUAGGUGCCCAGACUUUAAUGACAAACCUUGGGCAGAACGACGUUAUCUGAUGGACGCCGACAAACUCCAACGGUCAGGGGAUAAUGACGUGGCAAUAGAGGAGAUGAAAGAGAUGAUGAAGGGAAUGGUCAGGAAGAUGGUAGACUUCGAGACGAAAGUCGCGACUACGUACCGGGAUAAGCCUGGAUCCCCCUAUUCUUUGAGGUGGGACCGUAGGAACACCGAUCCGUGGAGAAGCGUUGAAGAUCAGAACCCUCGCACACUAGCUGAUUGCCGCGCGAGGGAAAGGGAUGAAGAGGAUCGGAGACGUAGGGAUGAAAAGGAUCGGAGACGUAGAGAUGAAGAGGAUCGGAGACGUACGGAGGAGGAUGACCGGAGGCGCCAGGAUGAUGAUAUAGACAGAGACCGCCGGCGUGACGGGUAUCGAGGAGGAGACUCCUAUAGUCGAGGAGACAAAUCCGACCAGUACCCGCACAGUCCCAGGUAUGGUGGGAAUGUCGAAGGAUACCGGAGCCCGGGCAAUUUUAACUCGAGGGUUAGAGAGGACUCCCGCGGCAGAUGGGAAUCGGACAGGGACCCCCGAGAUGGAUAUCGAAGCGGUUACGAACGGACAGAGAGAGGGGGAUAUACUGUGUCGCCAGGGUACCCCAAGUCCCCGAACUACCCAAGAUCCCCCGGACCGUCCAACCAGGACGUCAGGCGGCCAGCUAUUAGGAGCGCGGAGGAGCGACCUCCUACACCUAAAAACUCCUGUAUCUAUUGCAGGGGUGAUGAUCACCUGAAGAGAGACUGCCCAGACCUCAAACGGACGAUAGAUGAGGGACUUGUCGUACUUGAUGACCGCAAGUACGUCAAGUGGGCGGAUAACCUUGGGGAUGUGUCGAUGUUCCCUUCGAUGAAGGAGAACGUGGAGGCUAGGCGAGUACAACCAAGCAAGGGUAAGGGAGUCGCAAGAACCCAGAGCAUGAGGCUUAGUCUGUCCUCGGAUGACGAGAGUCCCGUGACACCCAUACGGGUGGCAGCGACGAAGUCCGCCAGGGCGUCCUCCUCUAGAAAGGCCGACACCGAUUAUGUGAUGGCAGAGAAGGACGGGCAGAGGAUUGAAGGUGAAGAAGUUAUACUCUCGCCACGCAAACGCGGGGCUAAAAAGUUCACAAUGAAGAACACUCUGGAUGAUAUAGAUACGGUCGAGCCUCUCAGACGCGCGCUUCGACAGCCAAUGCAAUGUACGAUACUCGAGUAUUUGGCAGCCUCAAGACCUGCGAGAGAUGAGUUGCAGAUGAUCACGCGCAAGACGCGCGUUCCCCUGAGCGAUGAAGUCCAGAUGGCUACCAAACAGGAGGUACUAUCUUUUGUAGCGGUAUCGAGCGUGGUCGUUAAGGCGGACCGUGCAGCAACAGUGUUCUUAGAUGGGAUGGAAGGUGUGCCUCCUGACAAGUUUUAUAUUCUAGGCAGUGGGACAUUUCAGACUACACUCAACGAUGAGGUAAUCCUUCAUGCUGUAAUUGAUAAUGGCAGCGAGGCUGUCAUCAUAGACGAGGAUCUGGCGGUCCAAUUGGGACUGGACCUUGAUAGGUCAUACCAAUUCGAGAUAGAGACCGCUGAUGGAAGGAAGCAGAAGGUUGCCGGAAUUUGUCACAAGGCAACAAUCGAGGUCGAAGGGUUGAGGGUAACGAUGCCUGUUUUUGCAGUCCGGGACUGCAGCUCAGAGCUGCUACUGGGACGGACAUGGUUGAGCCAUGUUCAUGCUGUCACUAUAGAGCGCCCGGAUGGAAGCCAGAUGCUUUCCAUCAAGCGUCCAGAUGGUAGGCGAAUUAUGAUGGAGACGAUAGAGCCUCGUGAUCCAAGGAACAGAGCAAUUCUAACAGCGGAAAAAUCAGUCACCCUUGCGGGUCGUUCCUUGAGCUUUCGCGAGAAGAAGUAUGGGUCACUGCUUACGGAAGAAGAAGGUCGCAUAGUAGAGAUCGAAGACUUAGGCAACCGAGUUCCGGCGGUAGCUCGUGAGCGAUCCGCUCUAGAUGGUGUAUCUGAGGAAAAGAUCGCUAGGGAGAUUAAAAAGAAGAAGAGAAAGGAGCCGCAACGGCUGAAAGAGAAGAGAAUAGCUGAGAUGGACAUAGGAGAUGGGAACUUGACUGAGCAAGAGAAAGAGCGAGUAUUAGAAGUCCUUAAGACCUGCGACAAAGCUAUAGCCUUCAGUGAUGCGGAAAGAGGAAGGAUUAAUCCUAGGUAUGCUAAGCGUGCAAGGAUCUAUACAAUUCCGCAUACGCCAUGGAAUGACGCAGGGUGGAAGUUUGCUCAGAAAGAGAAGGAGGAGGUGAUCUCCUUUCUCAAGGAGAAGAUGGCAUCACACGUAGUUGAGCUGUCUGAUAGCGCAUAUGCGAAUAGAUGGUUCUUCUUAAGGAAGCCUAAUGGGAAGAUUCGGUGGAUUCAAGACCUUCAGAAGGUCAACGCGGUGACGAUUCGAGAUGUAGGCUCCAUGCCGCACGCUGAUUUAUUAGCGGAAGGGGCGGCACGCAGAUCUAUUUAUUCUGUCUGCCAUUUAUUUUUAGGAUAUAAUGAGAUACCACUAGAUCCGAGAGAUAGGCAUCUCACAGCCAUGCACACGCCGCUCGGAUUAAUGCAGAUGAUGAUCGUUCCGAUGGGAUGGACCAAUGGGGUAGCGGUAUUUCAGAGAGCCAUGGUAGUGAUUCUGAAAGACUUUACUAUCCCUGAUAAAGUAGAAGUUUUCCUGGACGACUUUCCGAUAAAAGGACCGGUGUUGAAAGACGAGACGAAAGUCGCUCCAGGCGUCAGGAGAUUCGUAGAGCAACACCUGACGGAUAUUUACACUGUCUUGGAACAACUAGAUGAAGCUAACCUAACGGUUAGCGGGACUAAGAGCCGAUGAACUGUAUCGACGAUUAAGAUCCUGGGGUUCAUAUGCGACGUGAGAGGUCGACGACCCGACCCUGGGAAGCU